AUGGGUAAUUAAUGCAAAGGGUCUAAAGAAAGUAAUACUAUGGAAUAUAAAUCAAAUUUAAAUUUGAUUGAAUUUAUUUAUGAGUUAAUAUAAAAGUUAAUAGAAUCAUAAGAAUACACAGAAAAUGUAGAAGAACUCAAAAAAUUGCUAAUUUUUGUCGAAUCUAUUGAUUAAAUUUAACAAGCUCAAUUUCUUGAAAAUGAUCAUUUUAUAGCUCUUUAAAAGAUCAAAUAACGAUCAAAAAAUGGUUAGAAGAAAAUUUAAGAAAAAAUAAAAGAAUUAGGAUUAAUUAACCUUUAAGAAUCAUAAUUAAUUCUAAAUGAAUAUAACUUGAGCAAUUUAUAAUUUUAAGACCUGUACAAUAGUAUAAACACUUUAGAGUACUAAAUGUCCCCAAUAAUAGAACAUAGCAUAGUGUUAAAAAACAAAUAAACUUAUGCAGAUAACAAAGAAAUAGUUUGUGAAAAACAACUUUAUUAGAUGUUUACAAAAAUUUGCAAUAAAAAAUUUAUCAUUUUCUAAUUAAUUGUAAUAAAUUAAAACAAAAUUAGGACUUCUGGAUUACUGAAAUUAAAUCAAAAAAUCUAAAAUUAAUUAUAACAAUAGCCUCUUUAAUUAUUAAUGAAAUUUAUAGUGUAAUCAAAUAAAUUAAAAUACCUGAAAAAAUUUUUGAGAUUCUAAUUAUAUGGAUGGUUUAAGUAAUCGUAUUUAAUAUUUCUAAACCAAUUAAUGAAUUGAAAAAACCUGAACAUUUACUUGAUUUUAUAUUUUAUUACAAAUGUCCUAUUGAAAAAAUGAUGAUCUUGUUCGCAUAAUAAAAGCUUUUAAAAAUAUAAUAUGUAAUUAGGGAUACAGAUGAUUUAGCUGAUAGGAUAGAUGAAACUCUUAAAAAAUAUCCAAGAGCAAGUUUAUUAAAAUCAGAAACUCAAUGUAUUUUAGAUUAUGUUCAUGAAAAUUGGUUUGUUUCUCUCUAUUAUACAGUAAGAAUAUGGCAUGUGAUUUCAAACAGAUUUUGA